AUGGGUGGAACACCCCCGGACAUACCUGUACUGGCAAUGAGGCGCGCCGGCUCGUUCACGGCUACCUUUGACGCUCAGGAUAACUCUCAGAAGGACCUGGAGGUACCUUCCUCUCAAGCGUCGUCUGACGCCAUCAACCCAACAUCUUCACCUCCACCUCCGGACCCUCCUGUGCAUGAACUCAAAGGGGUAUCUCCUGGAAAGAAUUGGGCGUACUGA